CGAACUGCGACUGCGCACUGUGCACCGCGGUUGAGCCGCAGUCUCUGGAGCGCCGAGGAGUCUCGGUCCUCAGUGGCCAGCAGGGUCGGCGAGCCCAAGUGGUUGCUGCAUUGCCGCCGGGGCCUCGGCGGGGCACGGGUCGGGGCCACCAUGCCGAUCAAUAAAUCAGAGAAGCCAGAAAGCUGUGAUAAUGUGAAGGUGGUUGUGAGGUGCCGGCCCCUCAACGAGAGAGAGAAGUCCAUGUGCUACAGGCAGGCUGUCAGCGUGGAUGAGAUGAGGGGAGCCAUCACUGUCCACAAGACUGACUCUUCCAACGAGCCUCCGAAGACCUUUACUUUUGAUACUGUUUUUGGACCAGAAAGUAAACAACUUGAUGUUUAUAACUUAACUGCAAGACCUAUUAUUGAUUCUGUUCUGGAAGGCUACAAUGGAACUAUCUUUGCAUACGGACAAACCGGAACAGGCAAGACUUUCACCAUGGAAGGCGUGCGUGCUGUUCCUGAGCUUAGAGGAAUUAUUCCCAAUUCAUUUGCUCACAUAUUUGGUCAUAUUGCAAAAGCAGAAGGUGACACAAGAUUUUUGGUUCGAGUGUCAUAUUUGGAAAUAUAUAAUGAAGAAGUUCGUGACCUUUUGGGCAAGGAUCAGACACAGAGGUUGGAGGUUAAAGAAAGACCUGAUGUGGGAGUUUAUAUCAAAGACUUAUCUGCUUACGUGGUCAAUAAUGCUGACGAUAUGGAUAGGAUUAUGACACUAGGCCACAAAAAUCGUUCUGUUGGUGCAACUAAUAUGAAUGAGCACAGCUCCCGUUCCCACGCCAUCUUCACAAUCACUAUAGAGUGCAGUGAGAAGGGCGUUGAUGGAAACAUGCACGUCAGGAUGGGGAAGCUCCAUCUUGUAGAUCUUGCUGGCUCAGAAAGACAAGCAAAAACCGGAGCUACAGGACAGCGCCUGAAGGAAGCCACAAAAAUCAACCUUUCCCUUUCCACCCUUGGCAACGUCAUUUCUGCCUUGGUUGAUGGAAAAAGCACUCACGUGCCUUAUCGGAACUCUAAAUUGACAAGGCUUCUUCAAGAUUCCUUAGGCGGAAACUCAAAAACCAUGAUGUGUGCAAAUAUUGGGCCAGCAGAUUAUAAUUACGAUGAAACCAUCAGCACGUUACGGUAUGCCAACCGUGCCAAGAAUAUUAAGAAUAAGGCUAGAAUUAACGAAGAUCCAAAGGAUGCUCUACUUCGUCAGUUUCAGAAAGAAAUAGAAGAACUGAAGAAAAAGCUUGAGGAAGGAGAAGAAGUAUCGGGCUCUGACAUCAGUGGGUCAGAGGAGGACAACGAGGAAGGUGAACUUGGAGAAGAUGGAGAGAAAAGGAAGAAGAGACGGGGCAGUAGCAGCAGCAGUAGCUCAGACUCCACAUGCUCUGUCGUGGAGAGACCUCUGGAUAAGUUCUUGCCUAAUCAAGCAGGUAAAAAGAAAGUUUCUCCAGAUAAAAUGGUGGAAAUGCAAGCCAAAAUUGAUGAGGAGAGAAAAGCGCUCGAAACAAAGCUGGACAUGGAAGAAGAAGAGAGAAACAAGGCGAGAGCCGAGCUGGAGAGACGCGAGAAAGAUCUCCUCAAGGCCCAACAAGAGCAUCAGUCUUUGCUGGAAAAAUUAUCUGCUUUGGAGAAGAAGGUAAUUGUUGGUGGUGUUGAUUUGCUGGCCAAAGCUGAGGAACAAGAGAAACUUCUUGAAGAAUCCAACAUGGAGCUGGAAGAGAGGAGGAAAAGAGCCGAGCAGCUUCGGAAAGAACUUGAGGAAAAAGAGCAAGAACGCUUGGAUAUCGAGGAAAAAUAUACAAGUUUGCAAGAGGAAGCACAGGGAAAGACCAAGAAAUUAAAGAAAGUUUGGACCAUGCUGAUGGCUGCCAAGUCAGAGAUGGCUGAUCUGCAGCAAGAACAUCAGAGGGAGAUAGAAGGCCUCCUGGAGAACAUUCGGCAGCUCAGCCGGGAGCUUCGACUUCAGAUGCUAAUUAUUGAUAACUUCAUACCUCAGGACUACCAGGAAAUGAUUGAGAACUAUGUCCAUUGGAAUGAAGACAUUGGAGAAUGGCAGCUGAAAUGUGUUGCCUAUACAGGAAAUAACAUGAGGAAGCAAACCCCAGUACCUGAUAAAAAGGAGAAAGAUCCAUUUGAAGUAGACCUUUCUCACGUGUACCUCGCCUAUACCGAAGAAAGUCUGCGUCAGUCUUUGAUGAAAUUAGAAAGGCCACGGACCUCAAAGGGAAAAGCAAGGCCCAAGACAGGGAGACGAAAGCGUUCUGUGAAACCUGGGGCCGUGAUCGACUCUUUACUUUAGUAAAUGUUACAGAAUUAAAGUUAAAAUAAAAAAGAGUGGUUUUCUCAUUGCCUGGGCAAAAAUCUUUAAAACACUGCGGAUGUCGUGUAAUUUCACAUAAUGGAAGCUAUAAAUCAUGGAGUCAGACUGGAAGUAACAAUUUGACUAAUAACAUUUAGACUCUGUUCAGUUUCUGUAACAUAAAAAAAAGUGCACAGUGUGUGGACUGCAGCGUCAGCUGCUCUGCUGAGGCAGCUGAGGAAAGUUGGGGAACAGUUCCUAGUAGAGUUGCAAUUUUAACAACCUAUGAUAGUCUUGGAGCUAUUUACCUAACUACUGUGUAUUUAUAUAAACACAAUUUCAGAAAAGAAGAAAGACUUCUGUUUUGCACACAGUUCGUAGCAGAUUGAAUCAUCCUAUGUUGUAUGCGAGUGUCUUUCCUGUGCAUCUAAGUGACUGUCCUAACACCGCUGGCUGGCCUGUCUAAACGUGUGCUGACUUUAUACUAACAGUCAUUGCAUUUUAAGUAUGAGAUGACUGACUUUGUUGGUCUCCUGUAGAAAGCUGCAUAAUCGGACUGCUUUGCAGGUGGACGCUGUAAACCGGAGUUUAGCCUGGCUGUCGCCCUCCUGCUCAUGUCCCCCUCCGGCUCUGCUUCACCGCCAGUGCUGCUGCCGUGGCUGCUCUGGCUUCUUCAUGUCCUCUUGAAGCCAGUACUGGUCACUCUCUUUGCUCACAAUCCAUUUUAAAAAGUUCUCCUCGAGGACUGGAGAGAUGACUCAGUGGUUAAGAGUGCUGGCUGCUCUUGUAGAGGCCCUGGGUUCGAUUCCCAGCACCCACAUGGAGGCU